GUUACAUAACAUAGCUCCAAGAUAUUAUGGUGUCCAUAAAAAGCGUGAACAAAGCGUCGAAAUUAAUAUUAGUUAACCAAUAGUUUUUGCAAUCGCUGAAAAAUGUCAAACGCAACAGUACUGCCACAAGUCGGUCGCAGGAAUGGAAUAAAUUGAGAACCGAAUCAGGAUCAAACUGGUAUCAGUGCUGAAUGCGCCGCGUAUUUCAUUUCAGGUGGAAUACCUCGAGCCAAGUCCGGAGAGAUCCAAGUACAUAGUCGGACACCGUUUUGUUUUCAUAAAUUGUUGUGUGCAAGUGCUGGGUAAUUUUUCGCCGGCCCGAUAAAGUGAUAGUGGUGUAUCAUUAUCUCAUUUUACGGUCGAUGCAUGGAAUAAAAUAAGUUAAGCGCUCGUACGUAGUACACAGUCGGUACGCGCCCGCUUAAUUGGAAGCGCACAGGUUUCGAGGAAGUGAAUUUAAACAGAAAUUUCGAGGAUGCAUCACCACAUAGACAUGGACCGGAUGCCGGAGCCUAGAGAUCCGAACGAGAACAGAUGCGUGUCCUGUUUGAAAACCAACACGCUUACCAUCGCCACAGUGGCCGGUGUUGUGAUCGGUGCCGCACUGGGUUUCAUCCUGCGGGCGACGAAGGACAAUUGGACCGAGCGCGAGAUCAUGUACAUCGGCUAUGUGGGCGAUCUGUUCCUGCAGAUGCUCAAGAGUCUUAUCCUUCCUCUCAUCAUCUCCUCCUUGAUAUCGGCCAUAGCCAGUCUGGAUCUGUCGCUGUCCGGCCGGAUCGCCGGCAGAGCGAUUGCCUACUAUCUAACCACCACCUUUGCGGCCGUUGUUCUAGGAAUAGUUCUUGUCGUUUCAAUCAAGCCGGGAGUGGGGCACACCGGCGACACGGAUGUGGAGGAGGACGAGGAGAAAAGGCACGUGCUCACCGUUGACACUCUCUUGGACUUGGUCAAAAAUAUGUUUCCAGCCAAUAUCAUUGAAGCAUGCAUCUUCCAGCAUCGCACUUUGCUAGUCAACGACACCAAUGCAACAGAGUUGGAAGACUUCUCGAUCACAACAGAAACGGUAACCGGAACCAACAUCCUGGGAUUGGUGGUGGCAUCGGCGGUUGUUGGAAUAGCCAUCGCCCAACUAGGCGAGGAAGCCAAAACGUUGGCCAACUUCUUCCACAGCCUGAUGGCCGUAAUGAUGAAGAUCACCGGUUGGGUGAUUUUGCUCUCGCCCGUGGGCAUUCUGUUUUUGGUGGCCGCCAAAGUUUUGGAAAUGGACGACAUCGGCACGGUCAUGAGUCAGCUGGGCUUGUACUUCGGAACCGUUUGCCUGGGAUUGUUGCUGCAGGGUUUCGUGGUUUUGCCCCUGCUGUACUUCGCGUUGACCAGAAAGAAUCCCAUCCACUUCGUGUCCAACAUUGGAACGGCCAUCGCCACAGCGUUCGGAACUGCCUCAAGUUCGGCAACUUUACCAUUGACGAUAAAGUGCCUGGAAGAAAACCUGGGCGUGGACCCGAGGGUGGCACGUUUCGCCCUGCCGAUCGGCGCCACCAUAAACAUGGACGGCACCGCCCUUUACGAGGCGGUGGCGGCGAUCUUCAUCGCCCAAGUGCGUGAGGUGGACAUGGACUUGGGCACGUUGAUCGCGAUCAGCAUAACCGCAACCGCAGCCAGCAUUGGCGCAGCUGGCAUACCGCAGGCCGGUCUCGUCACCAUGGUCAUGGUCCUGGACACCGUUGGACUGCCGGCCGAAGAUGUCACGUUGAUUUUAGCGGUGGACUGGCUGCUGGAUCGAUUCAGGACGGCCAUAAACGUAAUGGGUGAUGCAUUUGGAGCUGCGAUAGUGAAUCAUCGAAGUCAGAAGGAGUUGGCAGGAUUAGGAUCCGAUAAAAAAGAAAGUUUUGCAAUGGAAGAACUGGACAAAAAUGAAAGAAGCAACUCAUUACAAGACCAACAAACAUUACAAAAUUGAAUGCAUACUAGCCAUAAUAACACAUGUUGUUUCUAUAAAUUAUCAUUGACAUUUUUAAAUUAAGUAUGUGAUAAAUUUAAAUUGAUCGACGAUCUCUUCUAAUAGUAUUAUGCACAUAAAAUGUAUAAAAUUCAGAAAUCCUUUUUAUAAAAGGUUUUUCAACCAGCAUACUUAUUGUAAACAUAUUAUUGUAAACAUAUUACACAAUGGUGUACAAAUUUACAAACAAAUAAAACUGUUUCUUUUA